CAGUUUGAGGUAAGGAGCAGAAACGAUGGCAGGAAUCCUGGUAUAACGUAGAGGACAUCCAAGAAGGUCAGCGGCACCAACGGCCCGAUGUUGGCUCGUAGAAAGGAAACACGUACAAAUACGGUCCCGACCACCACCGUCGUCAAGGAUGCCUUCAUCGUCAACGGCCUCUCAAAGCGAACUUAAGGCGAACGGUGUUCCUCUACACUGGAGAGACUCGUGUUCUGCGUUACUAAUUCCUCUCAACGUCUGUCGGACGAAGAACAACUACCUACCAUGGGAAUGCGAGCAUGAGAAGCAUGCAUACGAGAAAUGCCAAUACGAUGACUACCUUCGCCGAAUGAAGGAACUGGCGAAACUAAAGGCCCAGGCCCAAGCAGAAGAGUGAUUGUAUGACAGUGAC